AUGUCAUCUCAGCCAGAAUUUCCACCACAUGCAGGCUUCAUUCGCGCAGUCAGUAUUUCAUGCAACAAAGUCAGAGUGGGUGCAAACGUCGUGAUCAAUGAAGACGGCGUAAAACGCUUGCUUACCUCCCCUGCCUUUACGACUGCCUUCACCCGUCUCCGAACCGCGCACGGCUAUAAGCUCCCCCUCGUCUUUCCCUCCACUCUCGCCGAGCUCAACCUUCUCGCUACUCUUUCUAUCCUCAACUUCGGGUCGGGAUACCGUGUACCACUCCACGCCGCUACUGGUCGCGGCGCGUUUGAUUCCAUACGCGCCCUCGUCUUCGCCCUCUACAUCUCCGCCACCGGCGCAGGCGAGGGCGACUAUCUUUCCGCACAGGGCAUGCGCUCCGUCGGCGCUCACAUCAUUGCGGACCUCAUGGGACUCGCGGAUAAGAUACAUGUCGAGCGUGCCCACGAAAGCAUCCCGGGCCUCGCUGUCGGCGAACUCGGCGGCCCACUCUGGGAGCUCGUGCAGCUUGUCACGCGCACGUUGAAUGAUACUGGUGCUGCGCUCGUGCAAGGCGGAUACCCAGAUCUUGGAAGCUUUUUGCUGGAGGCGUUGCGGGAGGGUGAGAGGGCGCAGGCUCAUGGAGGUACUGCGGAAGGUGGGGCAGAUAUCAUGUGCGACGUCGCGCUCGAGCGGCUUGUCCGCUUCCUUCCCGCGUUCCGGGACAUGGCCGUAGUUGGCGGUGAACCCGUGUACUGCUUUAAAAAGGCGCUCCUCACACUACACGCUGUCGCACUGCGUUUCUCCACCACCGAUGCACGCGUGCCAGUCCCCCGCACCGCCGCGCUCCCUGUCUUUGUCGACAAUGUCCUCCCAUCGCUUCUCGUGCACCUCGACGUCAUCGACCUCUCCGCGGCGCGUUUCGGGCUCGCGGGUGUAUUCGGCGACGCUGGCAGCGCGGCCCGUGUGGAGGCGCUGCUCGCUGCGGCCGCCACACGAGACAGCGAGGAAAAAGAGGAGAGGCGGGCGGUGCCGAAGGAAGGCCCUGUGCUGGGCGAGGAGCAGGCAUAUGUGCUAAGAGCGGCGGCAGUGGACGCGUGUGAGGCGAUCGUGCAGGCCGCACAUGAGCUUGGUAAGGGGAUGGGCACGGAUGGCGCGUGGUUGUGCGACAUGACGCUGCCGGAGCUGGAUGCAUGGCUGUGGGCGGUGGCGAAGGACCGGCCGGACUAUAGAAAGCUGGAGCGCUUCGUGCUGAGAGAUACGACGUACUUCUGA